CAUCUUUUUCGUUUUUGUUCAUAAGAACACCAAAAUCAGUAAACCCUAACUCUCUCAAUUCUUAGUCGUUUUUGUCGAAUUUAGUGCCUAUUUCAAUCGGAUUUUUGUCCUCUUUCCAUAUCUACUGUCUGUUUUCUCGAUCUGCAAAGGUAUGGGAAAGACAAACGACGCUGCAGGCACUUCUCGAGCACGCACGAGCACUUCCGGAGCACCGACAAAAGAAGAUCCUAACAAGCGUCCUGUUACCGGCAUAUGAGAUAGGGAAGACACAAAGCUACUGGCAGCUUUGAAGCAUAUUGAUGUGCGGCCAACACGAGUCGCUUCCAGACCUUCUCUACAUGUGCUUAGCCUGUACGAUGAUGUUGUAACGGUGUUUCAAACACUUGGUAUGGGACGGUAUUGGGAAAUGGAUGAGGAUGUAUAUCCUAAACUUGUGAAGGAGUUCAUUGCCACAUGUCGCCUCACGUACGCGAAUCCAGAGAACCCGAAAGCGAGUAAAGGAAAACUCACAUUCUUUCUCAACAAACAGCAUUACAGCAAGACAUUGUUUGAGAUCUGCGACAUGUAUGGAUUUACGAAAGGAGAAGCGGUUGAGUUCCCGAAGAGUCCUGUUGUGCGAUAUGUUGCGAAGCUUCUCGGUAGCGUUCUAUACUUCAAACCGGUGAUCACUGUUGUGCAAGAGAUCGAGUUACCACUGCUUUUCUAUGGGGUCAAACAUCUACUAGACGCCUACUCCGAUAUUCCAGCUCCCGACACUAAUGUAGCUGCGGUUUUGUGUGACACAUUGGUGAAGAUGAAGAAUAAUGUUCCUACAUCAGCCGCGAAAAGCAUUUUAGCUGCGAAUGGACUUGAUCUACCUGAUUCAUACCAGUUUCACCAAGCCAAGAAGUCGACUGUACCAAUUUCUAGGAAGGGACGGUAA